AAUUAAACUGUCAAAAGCACGCAUUAAGUAAGGUUAAUUUUCUCAAAAAAAUUAGUUUAAAAUGGAUUUUCAAAACCGACCCGGUGGUAAAACCGGGGGUGGUGGUGUCGCAUCAUGGUCUGAAAGUAAUAGAGAUCGCCGAGAAAGGUUAAGACAAUUAGCCUUAGAAACUAUAGAUCUUCAAAAGGACCCCUAUUUUAUGAAAAAUCAUCUUGGUUCUUAUGAAUGUAAGCUGUGUUUAACUCUACAUAAUAACGAAGGAAGUUAUUUGGCCCAUACCCAAGGAAAAAAGCAUCAAGCAAAUUUAGCUAGAAGAGCUGCAAAAGAAGCUAAGGAUGCCCCUACUUUGUUAGCACCGGAAAAACCGAGAGUUGAGCCGAAAAAGUUUGUUAAAAUUGGAAGACCCGGAUAUAGAGUUACCAAACAACGCGACCCUGAAACUGGCCAACAAAGUCUUUUAUUUCAAAUAGAUUACCCAGAAAUUGCUGAUAAUAUUUAUCCAAGACAUCGUUUUAUGUCUGCUUAUGAACAAAAAAUUGAGCCCCCAGAUAGAAAGUGGCAAUAUUUACUUUUUGCUGCUGAACCAUACGAAACCAUUGCUUUUAAAGUACCUAGUAGAGAAGUUGAAAAAACCGAUAGCAAGUUUUGGACUCAUUGGAACAGGGAUACAAAACAGUUCUUUUUGCAAUUUGCGUUUAAGAAUGAAGCUAAAAAACCUGGUGCUAUUAUAGCAAGAACGAAUAUUAUUGCUGGGGUUCCUGCACCUCCUAUGUUACCCGUUCCACCACCUCCAAGACCCCCUAUGUUUAAUCCUAUUCCUCCACCACCUCCUCUUAUGGGGGCUGUAUUACCAGUUCCACCUCCACCACAAUGAAAUAAAUUGUUUUAUUGUAGAGUUAAUAAUAUACUGGAGAAAUAAAGAAUUUUCUUUUAAAAUGAA